AAAGGGGCCAGGUGAGGAGGAGACACAGGAGCACCUCUCUCUCUCUCUCUCUCUCUCUCUCUGUCUCUCUCUCUCUCGCUGUGACGUGGUGUGUGUGUACGUGUGUGUGUGUGAUGUGUCAGAGUGUGUUCGCUGUGUGUGGGGGGGAGAGAGCGAAACAGGUCGGCUCUCCUUCAGAAGACUGUGAACCUGCACAGGAGGAAGCAGCCGUCUCUAGAGAUCUUUCCAACUGAAAUCCAUAUUAGAGAGACAAGGACGCCCUCACUAUAAGUCACAAGGAACUGAGCGACUGUCAUCGUCUGCCGAGCUCCAGGCUAAAUUCUACCUGGGUCAGGACCUGUUCCCUCCUAGCUGCCAUGACAGACACCAUUGCCUGAGCUUCUCACCCUAUGACAGGGGAGGAUGGGUGAUGGGCCCAUGAAAUUCGGCAGACUCUCUCCUGCUUAUCCCAUCCCCUCAUGGAGCAUCCUGUCACAGCAAGCCCCUCCUGGAACAAUUCUCUCUCCAUCACCCCCACCUUUCCAGCCUUGCUACACCAGAAUAUCUCUAACGUGACAGAGCCCGUCGCAAACAUCCCAGGUGGGAUCGAUCUGAAUCAGUCCCUGGCACUAUUGGCUAUGGUCAUCAUGGAUGUGCUAGCAGUGGUGGGGAAUUUGGCCGUGAUGAUUGUCAUCACCAGAACGCCACAGCUUCGCAAAUUUGCAUUUGUAUUCCACCUCUGCCUGGUGGACCUGCUGGCAGCGUUGGUGUUGAUGCCCCUGGGGAUGCUGUCAGACCGAAUCGUGGUGGACGAGGCGCUGUGUCGGAGCUACCUCUGCCUGAGUGUGUGUCUAGUAAGUGCUGCCAUCCUCACCAUAUGUGCCAUCAACGUGGAGCGUUACUACUACAUCGUCCACCCCAUGCGUCAUGAGGUGAAGAUGACAGUCGGGGUGGUCGUGAUGGUAUUAGUGGGAAUCUGGAUUAAAGCCGUUGUCAUGUCAGUGCUGCCUCUGCUGGGAUGGCUGCUCCAGGGAAAACAGGGUCUGGGGACACCUUCAGUUGUCCUUCAUGGCCAGAGACACUGCUCCCUUCACUGGACAGGAGGCAGGACUGUACGGCUGCUUUUCAUGGUGUUUUUUACUUUCAUCUAUUUUCUGUGCCCCAUGCUGAUCAUUCUGGUGGUCUACUGCAACAUGUUCAAGGUGGCACGGGUAGCAGCCAUGCAGCAUGGCCCCCUACCUACUUGGAUGGACACGCCGCGACAACGGUCCGAGUCCAUCAGCAGCCACUCCACCAUGGCAGCCAGCCUUGGCGGAACUGGUGCCCGCACAACCCCUCAGAGGACCUUCAGCGGCGGGAAAGCCGCCUUGGUCCUUGUAACAGUGGGAGGCCAGUUCUUCUGCUGUUGGUUGCCAUAUUUCUCCUUCCACCUUUACUCGGCUGUAAUGUCUACCUCUCCUGCCUCUUUGGCCCAGCUGGAGGAUGUGGUCACGUGGAUUGGCUAUUUCUGCUUCACCUCCAACCCCUUCUUCUACGGCUGCCUGAACCGGCAGAUUCGUGAGGAGCUGGGUCGCCACCUGGCUUGCCUCUUCAAGCGGGCUGGGCCCAUCGAAGGGGAGCAGCUGCCUAGCCGUGAGGCCUCUAUCGAGGAGAACUUUUUGCAGUUCCUUCAGGGUACUGGAUGCAAUCUGGAGCCCUGCAACUCUCACAGCAGAGCCAGCCCAGAGGGGCCAGAUACUGAGGGUCAUCAGGAAUCAGCUGUUCAGCAUAACAUGCCAGCUGACUUCCACAUCCCAGGGCAGAUCCUUGAGGAAACCUCAGAGUUCAUACAGCGGCAACAGCUGAACAAUGAGCUACAUGUAUCAGAGAACUGCUGCAAAACUGUACCCGAGCUGUAGCUGCCUCUCGUGUACUGUCUCUGCCAGCUAUAAUCUUAUAAAUGUACUUUUAUUCAUAUUUUCUAAAAUUUGUUGAAUUGAUACAUCAGUUCACAAUACAUGCAAAAAUGGUAUCUUCUUUGAAGACUUAAGUUGUGAAGCUUUCAGAUUCCCACCAGUUCCCAUCAGCCAUGACGCUACAGCAUUACAUCUUUUGAGAGCCAUACUGUGUCAGGCAGUUUUCGGUGUGGUGUUGGUGGUGCAGAUCGACACUGAACCCUUGCUGUGUCAGACAUGGAUCAGCAGAAUGGCAAACAUCACAUAAUCAUAACGAAGUGCUGAAACCGUCCAGGGGAAACUCAGUUUUCAGUGUUGGAUAAGAGACGUUAGAAGAAUGUUAUGAGUGAAGAUUGAAAAGUGUCUUUAGACUUUAGAAUAUAAAGUAUCUUACAGAAAACUGUAGAUGCGAUGUAUAUGCCCUCCUCUGAAAUUUUCUGUUUCAUUUAUUUUGAACUAGAGGUUGAAAUAUUCUCUCAUUUUUGUCUUUUAAACCUUGAAGAAGCCCCUUGACAAUCAGCUCAGAUUGACCAAACAGAUAUUUUAUUAAUGAUUUAACCAGUGACCUAGCCAUAACCAAACCAGCCUGCUGCCCCUCUAUUUAAUAGUUCAUCUCCAGCAAAGUGUUAUGUUGUGCAACCGUGACGGAAGCAAAAAGCAUAAAGGUAAAAGUAAAAAAGCUUGUCAAUUAUUGUAGCUGUGAUCACCAGUUUGUUUGGAGAGUUAUGAUAAAGAUCUGUUUUCAUCAUCAAAGUGCGUUCAUUCCAUAUUCAAUGCCAUUAUUAAAAACAAACUGUCUUUCCAUUUGAAAUAUUCAUUGUGUUGAAAAGGAUCGUUUCACAGCUGGUGCUGCUGGUGAUAUUUAUAAUAAACAAGCUGACACACCAGUGUAUUUUUAGCCAUUUUCCAGGAACAUUAUUAUCAUGUUUAUCUGUUCUUAGUCUUGUGAUUAUCACCUCCUCGACAAAAUCAUCUCACAUUGGUGGACUCGUGAUUUCACCCCCUUGCACUCAAAGAAAAACAUUGUGACUGGUAUAAUUUGUGUGACAGUGAUGGUGUUAAGGAUUGCGGCAAACACAUCAGCAACAACACAUGAAAACUGACAAUCUGUUGAAAUAAGGUUUGAUGCGGACAGAUUCUGACAUCGCAACCAGUCUGCAUUACCUCCAAGAUGUCUGCCGUGCUGUUUACAGGUAAACACAGGAGCGGUGUGAGUGCGCUUGUGUUUGUGCUUUAAACAGCCAGGCUUGUUGUGGCUAUACACAGCACACAGGUGAGACAAUGCUUACACAAGGCAAGAUUUGCCUUUGGCCUCAUUCAGCAGCAAAUGGAAGACACAGGUGAUUCUUUCUCUGAUCUCAGGUGGACUACAAACAGUUUGCACACGUCACAGGAGCUGUGACACAAGUUCCAAAGAAAAUUACGCGGCAUGACUCUCUUACUAGACACUUUUUUGGGUCUUCUUUUAUACUUGCUCUCCCUUGCUGCCUUCAUCUAUUUUGGACCACAUGGACUUGGCAUGAUCACAAGACACUAAACACAAGGCGAAAUGCAGGGAAGGGUCAUAUUUUGCUGGGAGUCAGAACAAUAAAAGGUCCUUUUGUCAUGGGAGAGGCAUAAUGUGCUUAAUUGCCUCGCAAUAUGACUUUGUUGUUGAUUGUUUUUCAGAUAGGGUUAUCAUGUCAUUUUCUUUUAAAAAUGUUCCUCUUGAGUCAAGAGACGGUGCAGUAAUGUGAGGCCCAAAAUUAGUUCAACACAAAAUAAAACGAUGAGCACAAGACAAUAUUACUGCCAUAAUCCUUAACGUUCUACAGUUUGUAUGCAUUUUUGAUUUUAUUUUUAUUGUACCUAACAAAAUAGCAUAAAACUAGCUUGAUUGAUUACACCAGCAUACAAGUUUUAAUUUCUUUAGAUAAACUGAGAUCCAUCCUCUUUGAGCGUUAUUGAUCUUGUCCUGUUCAUGGCACAAUGUUGUAAUAAAUUCAGUGAGUCUGGAGUCAUUAAAGCUCCUUUUGGUUGAGUGUACAUCAAUCCACCAUUCAAUCAGAUGAAUUUCCGUUACCUUAGCAGCAAAAUUGCCCCGACCAAUCUGAUUAAAUGCUUUAGGCUCUAUUUCUGCCACCAUCUGUUGAUCACAUGGAAGGCAAAAUAAUCUGUUCUGAAGGGGAAGGAAUGAUAAAACAGUUUUGUUCACUGUAAAUAAUCAAUCUGGUCGAUAUGUUCAUUUUCCUUUCUGUAUCUGUUUUUAUGUACCUGACCUGAAAAGACUGUUUGGACUCUUCAUCAUCAGGGUUUGCUUCUCCCUUGUUAAUAUUUCCCUGUGUACUGGUUACCCGUCAGUUGAAAUGAUUAAAG